AUGCAGAAGUGGGGGCUGUGGACCGUGUCCGUCCUGACCCUUCUCUCCGCGCAAGCCUUUCCACAGACGGACAUCAACAUCAGCCCAGCCAUGCCAGAGCUGCCCCAGGCUUCCCUGUGCCCACUGUUCUGGAUGGAGUUCAAAGGCCACUGCUACAGAUUUUUCCCUCUCAAUAAGACCUGGGCUGAGGCUGACUUCUACUGCUCAGAGUUCUCCAUUGGCAGGAAGUCUGCCAAACUGGCCUCCAUCCACAGCUGGGAGGAGAAUGUCUUUGUGUAUGACCUUGUGAACAGCUGCGUUCCUGGGAUCCCAGCUGACAUCUGGACAGGGCUUCACGAUCACAGGCAGGAAGGGAAGUUUGAAUGGACAGACGGCUCACCAUAUGACUACAGCUACUGGGAUGGGAGCCAGCCGGAUGACGGUGUCCAUGCAGACCCAGAAGAGGAGGACUGCGUGCAGAUAUGGUACCGGCCCACCAGCGCUCUGAGGUCAUGGAAUGAUAACACCUGCAGCCACAAGUUCCCUUUUGUCUGCAAGAUCGCAGCUCUAACUUUUCACUGA